GGGAGGUGGAGCCCUGAGUCAGUUUAUACAGCUCUUCUUCCCUGCUGCUCUGCUGGUUGGAGAAUAGUGUGUUCCAGGAGCCACCUGUCAGCUGGACCACCACAUCUCUGCCUUUUAUGAAGUAGAGGUAUAAUGGGAUCCUCAGCCUACUCACCUCUGGAUCGGUUCAUCCAAGCAAACCCACACAGGAAAACUGGGAUCAGGAAGGGGAAUCAUGGAAGACCGUGCAGCGCUGAAGAUGAGCCAGAAAAGUCUCAGUUGUGUUGGCUUACUGUAAAAAUUAUAGGUAUGAGAAAUCUCCACAAAGCAGACCUGUUGAGCCAAACUGACUGCUACGUGAGGUUGUGGCUGCCAGCAGCUUCACACCGGGAAGCCCAGACAAGAACUGUAUCCAACUGCAGGAACCCUGUCUGGAAUGAAACUUUUCACUUCAUGAUACAAAGUGAAGUGAAGAACGUGCUGGAGCUGACUGUCUGUGAUGAGGACACCAUCACACCUGAUGAUCAGCUUUUGACUGUUCGCUUUGAUGUAGCUAAAAUCCGACCUGGAGAGAAGGUUCGCCUGAAUUUUGAGUUGAGUCCAGAGAAUCAGGAAGAACUGGAAGUGGAAUUUCUAUUGGAUAACAUUCCAGGUGUAUCUGAAAAAAUAGUCACUAAUGGUGUGCUAGUGUCUCGUGAACUUUCCUGUGUGGAAGUGCAACUGGAUGACACAAAAAUGAGGAGUCCUUGCACAAGGAGAGAUUUCACAUUCACCGUGAAAGGAUCCUAUGAAGAAACCCGGGACAUUUCCAUGGGUCCUUGCUGCAGCCAGAGAGGCAGUGAUUCUACCAUGUUCCACUAUAUCAAGUACAGCCAACCCAACCUGGAUGUGAUAUUGCCAAAGGAGCGUUUUUACUGUGGUCAUGGCGCAAGCAGGAGGGAAAUGGAUGUAAACAGUCCUCUAUCUGUGCCUCUGAAUUCUCUGGACCUGGGAAAGAAAACGACAGUAUUGAGAAGUGCAUCUUAUGAAGUGUCUGUGAAGGAAGAAGAUGGUUGCAAGAACUUAGAUUUGCGCUUGGGGUUUGAUCUAUGUGCAGAGGAGAAAUAUUUCAUCUGUAAAAGGAAGAAGGUUGUUGCUGCUGCUCUAAAAAAUGUUCUUCAACUCGAUGAAGACCUGCAGGAAGAUGAGCAGGUGCCAGUGGUGGCAGUAAUGACCACAGCAGGAGGAGUGCGGUCUAUGACGUCGAUGUUUGGCAGUCUUCUAGCUUUACAGGAGUUAGGUGUUUUGGACUGUAUCUCAUACAUCAGUGGUUUAUCUGCCACAACAUGGACUAUGGCAAAGCUAUAUGAAGAUGCAAAUUGGUCACAGAAGGAUCUCAGAGGACCAAUUGAUGAUAUCCAGAAAUAUGUGAUCAAGAGCAAACUGCACUGUUUCUCUGCAGAUCAUCUGAAAUACUAUGAAAAGGAGUUGUGUGAAAGAAAGCUAGAGGGCCACAAGCUCUCUUUCACAGAUUUGUGGGGACUCUUCAUUGACUCUAUGCUACAUGAUGAGGAAAAUACUCAUAAACUCUCUGAUCAGCAACUGGCAGUGAAUCAGGGGCAGAAUCCACUGCCCAUUUACUUGUCUCUCAAUGUCAGGGAUAAAUUUAGCACUCUGGAUUUUAAAGAGUGGAUGGAAUUCACGCCUUAUGAGGUGGGUGCCCUGAAAUAUGGGGCCUUUGUUCGUUCACAGGAUUUUGGUAGCGAGUUCUUCAUGGGCCACCUGAUGAAAAAGAUCCCAGAGUCCCGGAUCUGCUUCUUGGAAGGCACGUGGAGUAAUAUAUUUUCCCAGAGUUUUAUGGAUGUUGUCUACCUCUCAGGCCAUUCAGAGGACUUCUGGCACAGAUGGACCCGAGGCACUGAACAUGACAUUGAGGAUCACCCUGCUCUGCCCACAAGACCUCAUGAGCAGGCAACUUGCUUAUCCCUUCCUAAGGGUUACCUUUCCAAUGCUCUUCGAGAAAUGAUGACAGGACGGCCAGCGGUUUCAUACUAUCAUAAUUUCAUCAAGGGCUUGCAGCUACAUAACAAGUAUUUAGAGAAUGAAAACUUCUGCAUGUGGAAAGACACAGUGCUUGAUUCUUCUCCCAACCAACUGAAUGCAAUGGGUGACUACCUCAAGCUGGUAGAUACAGCUUUCUUCAUCAAUACCAGCUGCCCACCCAUUUUGAGGCCGGAAAGGAAAGUGGAUGUCAUUUUGCAUUUAAAUUACAGCGGAGGAUCGCAGACUCUGCCACUGGACCUAUUCUCAGAGUACUGUUUAGAGCAAGGGAUCCCAUUUCCCUGCACAGAACUUAGCCAUGAGGAUCGGGAGCAUCUGAAGGAGUGCUAUGUGUUUGAGGACAGCUUAGAGGCACCAAUCUUGGUCUAUUUCCCACUUGUGUGUGAUACCUUCCAAACAUACAAGGCACCAAAUGUGGAGCGCAGUCCUGCAGAGAUGGAGCAGGGAAGAGUAGAUGUGUCCAACUGUUUUGCUCCCUACGGCACUGGUCAGCUUACAUAUACUGAAGGGAAUUUCAACAAGCUGUUGAACCUCUGCAACUACAACAUCCUGAAUAACAAACAUUUAAUUCUUCGGGCUUUGCAAACUGCAGUGGAACGGAAGAAACGGCUUAAAAAUUGUUCACCACCUUAGUCAUCUGAACUCUCUUAAAUUAUAUUUGGACAAUUCCCAUCAGGAGAUAUACAAAUGUUUUGAUAAUGGACUAAUAGAUAUCCAGGCAACAUGAAUCUGUACAAGAUGAACCUUCAUGUUAACUUAAAAAAAAAAAAAAAAAAAAAAUCAUGUGUUUUAUUCAGCACUGUGUGGUAGGAUUAAUGCUGGUUUUGGCAUUGGUCAUAGGCAAAUCAUUAUUAGUUUGUAAAACUGUCCCUAGUGUCCCAGUGAAUGGGAGGGCACUUACAGAGAUAAAGGGAGCUAUGUUUCAACCCCACAAAAGUCUGUUCCAAAUUUAGAUGCAGCUCUUAGCAGUAUGUGGUCUUUGAUCCAGAGACUAAAGCAAAGGUGAAGCAAAGCCUUCCCUUGCUCAAAGAGCUCUGCUUGUGACAGAAGCAAACUAGACACCAAAAGAUGCUUGCAUGUGGAAAAUGAAUACUGAAAAUGGUAGAAUGGAACUGCACAUGAUGACCUCUAUUUUCUCAGUUGCCACCUUUCAGGCAGAAGUUGAACCUUCAGUGAAUUUAUGAUUCUGGCCGUCAUUGCAUUGAGUCUAAAUUUUUGAGUGAUUACUAUUCCAGAGUGAUUAACAUAUAAUAUAUAAGCUGAUUAUUCUGACAACUCCAUUAUAAAAAUCAUCUAGCUGCAUCCAUUUUUUGGGGGGCUUUUUUCUGCACUACUGCCUGCUGCCUGGAUUUUGAAGCUGAGUUUUGAAUCCUACACUUAAUGGACUUGGAAAAAUAGCUCAGCAACCUAGCCUUUGGCCAUAAUCUCAUACUCAUUUAUUAAUCUUCUUAUAUGUGUAUGAUGGUGACAAAACUCAUAAUAACAGCUCCAUUGACUUUGUCAACAUUAUGACAGUGUGUAGCUGCUGCUACAGUUUUAUUCCCACAUAUCCAAAACAUACAGAGAAGUGUGCACAAGAUUUUCAUACAUGUUUUAGACAAAUGUCUGUUUAAGAAAAAACAUUUAUAGGUCAUUCUAAGAACUUAUUUUCUCUUGUGUAUAGUAAUGUACAGUGUGAUAGCUACCAUUCAAAUGGAAAAUAACAUGCAUGAGCCUAUUAAAAAUUAGUCGUACAAUGCAAACACAAAAGUAUGCAAUUUUAUUAAGUUCUACAAACUCAGCUCAUCUAGUGAUUUUAUCUGGGAGAAAGUGCUUUUUGUUUCUGAUACUGAUGAACCAAAUAUUGAAAGGACAAAAACAACCUGAGCUUUGCAAAUUACCUUUAAGGAAGGAUAAAAGAAAAACGGCCAAUUCAGCUGGAAGACUAAAAAAAAAUAAAAAAAAAAAUUGCAGGAAAUUCUUCUCUUAAAGCCAAGAUGACUGAGAUGAUAAUGAGAGGUUUAGAAGUCCAAAUUACUGGUACUUGCAAAUGCCUAAGUAUUUAUUCAGUAAAAGGGAGUGCAGUGCUUUGCCAACACUGCAUUCCGUAUCUAAAUUUCUAUCAGUUUUUUCUUCUCCACUUUGCCAUCAUCUCAUUGAUACACUGAUGUGAGUUUCACAAAAAGAAGGAACAGCAUUCAUCUGUAUGCCAGCAGAGUGGUAUGCUAGCAGUAAGCUGACACUGCUCUGGGCAAAAGGUACCUGGUACCUCCAUCUCACGUGCCAUGCUUGGAAUGUAAUGGUCUCUGUCACCCAGUCUUAGACAUCUCCUUUUUUUUUUAUUAGGUAGGAGAUAACAACAUACUUGGUUACUUCUGAGCAAGUCCUAUUUUCUAUGCAUCAGUUCACGUUCAUUGGUAGUUAUCUCCUGUCAAGCUUUGCUGCUAUGUGAGUCAAACCAGAAGUUUCUCUUCAGAAAGGAAACUAUUGGCAGCAAUCACUUGGACUCCCUUGCAUGGUUCUGGGAU